AUGCUAUGCACGGAGCUGCAAGAAAUACAGCUCCAGGAGGCUGACGCCGUCGAGCAGUUCAAUGAACGCAUCAAUGAGAUCAUCGCACAGUUCAGCGAUACGUUAAACGAACUAGCGGACAAGAGGGUCAAAUUGCUUACCGAUCCGACCAUGGUAGACACGCUGGCAAGGACGCGAAUGUCGGAUGUGGAGCGAUGCUACAGCGAACUGUCACUGAGCGAAAUUUCGGGAGUUAACAGGCCUGUAGACGAAAGGUAUCAGGCACAUGGCACCGUGGCAUGGCCGAUGUUCUGGCUACAUGCGCUCAUGGGAUGCCAGGUAACUAAAAAACGGGUGUCAUGCCUUGACAAACGCCUGCUGGGAUACCUCCGCGACAUUAGAUGUCGAACGGUACAAGUACCGAAUUCCGGCGAUACAUUCGAUGUCGAGUUCUACUUUGCGGAGAACCCGUUUUUCUCCAACGCGAUGCUGAAAAGGCGAUUCAACGUCAACGGGUAUUUCGACGAGACGUAUUCUGCCUCGGUGGCAUGGAAGGACAACGCGGAGAAGUUAGCCGAGGAGCUGCCGUCAUUCAGCUCAGAUGGCGAUUUCAACGACAUUAGCGACGACGAAUUCUCUCGCGUCAGCUUCCUUGACUUCUUCCAGCCUUUCAGCUACGACCCCGAUGACCUCAAUGUGGCGUUAGCGAUAAAGGACCGAAUAUGCCGCGACCCGCUCAAGUACGUCCUGCGCUGCGAAAGCGCCAGGCGGGGCGACGACGUGGAGUACACGGAUGACGAGGAUGCGAGCGUGGAGGACGAGUCGAACUACGACUCCGCCGGAUCUAGGUACCCCUUCUCGUGGCUAUUUUGA